AUGGGUUCAAAGGGAAUUGCAUCCAUUACCAUUCUAAUCCUCUCCCUUGGCAUCAUCUUCUUCGCCACUCCUAGCUCUGCCCAAGCGCCUGCAUCACCACCAACGCCGACUUGUCCUCCUUUGCAAGCUUGCGUCCGUUUGUUGCCAUAUUUAGGAAAUAUUGGCGUUGGCAUUCCGCAAUCGAAACCGUGUUGCUCCAUCAUCAGUGGACUUGUAGAUGCUGAUGCUCUUGUGUGUGUUUGUGAAGUAUUCAAGGCAAAUUAUGUUUUUGGCAUUGACAUUAAUAUUCCCAUAAAGGAAUUACUUAAGGUUUGUGAAGAAAGUGUUCCAAGUUUCUCCCAAUGCCAAUAA